CAAAAAUCAAGGUUGUCAUCUCUUAUAUGUAAGAAAAACAUGUUCUUCAAGCUUGUUACAAAAGCUAUGAUCAUUUCACUUUUGUUCUUAUAUAUACAGGUUUCCAAAUCAUAGUCUUCUCACCACAAAAAUAAAAAAGCAUAGCAUUCUUGAAACUUUUCAUAAUGAGAACUCUAGCAAAACAGUUAGUGCCAAUUGUGUUACUUCUUGUUCUUUUAAUUGAAAUAGAGGGAGAUCUGAUUUCAACAAUUCCGAAAGACAACGCGAACAAAAAUUUCACCAACACCAGUGUUGAAGUUGAGGCGGCUAGUGAGGAUCAAGAAUCACCUAACUGUGCUACACAACCAUCGAUAUGUGACACAGAAGAACCUCCAUCAAGACGUGUAUGUUGUAGAAACCGGUGUGUUGAUGUUUCUUUUGAUGCAGACAAUUGUGGGGUGUGUGGAAUUGCUUGCCCAAGGUUUGGUAGUUGGCAUUGUUGUUGGGGUGUGUGUGUAAACAUAAACUUUAACCCUUUUAACUGUGGUGCUUGUGGAAGGCCAUGUCGUCUUGCAACUCCAUGCAUUUGGGGUAGGUGUCUUUUUACAACACCAGAACCGCCAGCACUUCUCUCCGCAGGGUCUCCUGAGGAGAACUCACCAAAGAUCCCUAAUCAUUAGUAUGAUCAAUAUCCUAAACACCCUCACCCAAUAUUGCGAGUGGGCUUAUUUAUUAUUUUAUAUCAUAAGAUUAUUAUUAAUUGUUGUUAUGUACUUAUGAAUGAUGUUGUAUUCUAUGUUGCAUUAAAGAAAUGAAUGAUUUCUAUGUUAUAAUUAAAAGAAGCAUGUUUAUGUCAAUAUUAUAUUAAGUUUAUA